AUGGGAUUCGUCUUCUCGAAACACGUGAACGACAGUCUGAAAGCUUAGCAGGAUUUUAUGCUCAUGAACUCACGGCUUCAGCUGGAAAGGCAACUACUGAUGCAGAAUGAGAUGAGAGACAGACAAGCUAUGCAGAUCACUUAGACACAGGAAUUUCACAAAUAUUUUGUGACAUUUUUUGGAUUUGCUGCUGUAGGUUUAACAGAUGAAGCAAUAAAAAAGAAGAAUCCAGGAGUUUUGGUGCCAGUAGUUGCUUUGAGCUUUGUAUUUGCCUAUCAACAAUACCAUAUUUGUUAUGAGACACUAUUGCAAAGGAUAAAAGGUAUGUCAGAGAACGUACUGGACACACACCACGUUUUGCUACAAUUGCCAAAAGGACGACUCACUUAUGAAGACCUGGAGAAAAUCAGGAGUUCUCAGAGCAAGUUCUUUGUAGUAAAAUAG